ACAAUCCCCCUUCUGGUGACCGCCAUUUUCUCCGGAGCUGCAGUGGGAAGUCGUUGUAUUCUCCUGUCAGUAAAAUCGCUGUCACAUUUUUAUCCGGUUUGUUCGUUCCCGCGAGUACGGGGAGCUGGUCAAAGUCUGGCAUCUCUAGGCUAAUGUGCGGCCCUAGCCGGGAGGAGCAUGUACCCUAACUCCCCGAGCCUGGGCCGCAUUCCACUGCCCCUACCCUGUGAACAGCAACAACAGGCCUCCGGUUACUCGGACAAACUUCCAGUGAGUGCGGCCCCGGAGCUGCUGAGCCCAGAGCAAUUUAUCCAGGCUUCUCUCAACAUCCAGAAACAUGCCAAUCUUUCUAGAAUGCUGAUGAAUGGCAAUGUGCUGACUGUGCCCCCCGUAUCAUCACCACCAUGGGCGUACCUGAAUCACAGUCCUUUGAUCUCACCUGGAUCCCCUUCAUCCUCAUUUCAGAACAGAAAGAGGAGAAGCGACGAGGGAAAUGUUUCUUAUGACGUGAAAAGACAACGAUUUCACUCUCCACAAGAGCAAACUGUAAAUCACCAAGCAGUGCCUUUAAGAGGUGACCUCAGAUGUUCUUACCCAGGAUCUCCAGCGUUCCCUUUGCUGCAGUCGCCAUCACCUCCAGUUCUAAAAGAACAUGUUUCUAAUUCAGGGGAUUGCUGGUUAUAUGACCACAUAGACACCACUUUGCCUGUUGCUGAAGACAAGCUGAGCCAGCAAAUACUGGACUUGUUUCAAGCAUUGCAACAGCAGGUCUGUGACAUAAAGAAAAAAGAUAUUUGUCGGGCAGAACUACAGAGGGAAAUUCAACAAAUAUUUCCACAGAGCAGACUUUACUUGGUUGGUUCUUCCCUUAAUGGAUUUGGUACAAGAAUCAGUGAUGCAGAUUUGUGCCUGGUUUUAAAAGAGGAACCUAUGAACCAGCAUACAGAAGCAACUCAGAUACUGGGCUUACUCCACAAACUUUUCUACACUAGACUAUCGUAUAUUGAAAGACUUCAGUUUAUCAGAGCAAAAGUGCCAAUUGUGAAGUUCAGGGAUAAAGUCAGUGGCGCGGAGUUCGAUUUGAAUGUAAACAAUGUUGUAGGAAUCCGAAACACUUUCCUUCUCAGAACCUAUGCAUACUUAGAGAGCCGGGUCCGACCAUUGGUUCUGGUCAUUAAAAAGUGGGCCAACCAUCAUGGAAUAAAUGAUGCCAGUCGUGGUACUCUGAGCAGCUACACUCUUGUUUUAAUGGUUUUGCACUAUUUACAAACCCUACCUGAACCUAUUCUUCCAUCUCUACAGAAAAAAUAUCCAGAAUGCUUUGACCUAUCUAUGCAGUUAAACCUUGUCCAUCACGCUCCUCGUAAUAUCCCUCCGUACCUCUCCAAAAAUGAAACACCUCUUGGAGACCUGCUUUUGGGCUUUCUCAAAUAUUUUGCAGUAGAAUUUGACUGGAGCAAAGACAUCAUUUCAGUGCGAGAAGGUAAAGCCCUUCCAAGAUCAGAUGACUAUUUGUGGAGAAACAAAUACAUCUGUGUAGAAGAGCCAUUUGAUGGAACAAACACUGCUAGGGCUGUCUAUGAAAGGCAGAAGUUUGACAUGAUCCGGGCGGAAUUUUUAAAGGCAUGGGGAGCACUGAGGGACGACAGAGACCUAUACAGCUUGUUGCCUGUGACGGCAAUCGUGAAAAAAAUGAACUCUUUAUGAACUGGAAUCUGCAGAGAAAUACAAACUUUUUACACUGCGGCGUGAUCUCCGAGCCUUCCCUUGUGUUGGGCACCUACAUUUGUGUCAAGUAUAUUUUUAUUGUGUCACGUUCAUGUCCUGUGUUCGUCCGUGUUGAAGAAAUGCUCAAACAUUGUUUUUUGUUUAAAUACAAAUAUUGAACCAUUUGUGUUUUUUAUUUCUUUUAUGGUUGUGUGCUACGGAAUAAUUGCUCUACACAGACUAAUCCCGUUUAUUCACGUUCCAGCCUAAUAGAAACGGCUACUGCUGCCUAUUUAAUACUUAUCCAUGAGAAAGGUAAUUAGAAUAUACAUUAAAGCGUGAAAUACGUUUACCUCGAUAGCUGCUGUUACUGUUAAUUGAAUUCUAAAGCUUUGUUCCAGGAGAAUGAUGGCAGUGGGAUCAAUUUAGCAUUGAUCUUGACAGGCUUGGGUAAGGAGACGUGGAACUCAGGAUAUAUUUUGUCAUUAAUACAGUCUGCAUAAAAGGCACAGCAUUUUUUAAUGAUGAUGGGAACGCUUGCUUCUAGGCACAGAAAAAAAACAUAAAGCUUGCUGUGUCACACCUCACCCGAUGUGGUAUCCAUUCUUGCUUGUUGGAUCAAUUUUGGGUUACAAACAACGUAUAAUGACUAAUUCUGUCACCAGAGAGGUUUUUAAUGUUUGAAAGAGACAAAUCAAAACGUCACAUUCCUUUUAAGGUCUCUUAAAUUUUACUUUUUGACCAAUUAAGGCACAAUCUGGUGUCUUUGGUCACAUUUGUGUUGCAGAGUGACCUGUUUUUCCAAUUUCUUGAGAUUUUUUUUUGUUUCCUCUUUUGCUUUUUUAAUUUUUUUUAACAUAGAGUAAUGUAAAUGUGUUCUGUGUUUUCUUUUGUAUGAUGUUGAAUGGAAUAAAAUGUAUGUACAAGAAAA